GUCCGGAACUGAAGGUUUUUCUCUUAAGUUUCUCAUCGAAUCUGUUUUUGUAAAGGACCGCAUUAACAGGCUGUUUGUUUAGGAAUGAGCUCCUUAAUAACACCAUGAUCUCAGUUGAAGGUGGUCUGUAUAUUGGCUCUGUGUCAGAUCUUAAGGAUUCUGAAGCUCUGAAGCUCUCUGGUAUCACUCACAUCCUCAGUGUGGAUUCUGAACAACCAGAGCUUUCAGGUUUUAACAUCAAAUUUGUCCAUGCGCUGGACGAUUCCUCCACAGAUCUCCUAAGCAAGCUAGACAGCUGCAUCCUAUUUAUCAGUGAUGCUCUGAAUGCAUCUGCUUCUUCCUCUUCCUCCUUUUCAUCAUCAGCUCCAUCAUCAUCAACAUCAUCUGUUCUUGUUCACUGUCAUGCAGGUCAGAGUCGGAGUGCUGCCAUUAUCACUGCUUAUUUAAUGAAGACACACAAGCUGAGCACUCAGGAGGCAUAUACUAAACUCCAGAACACCAAACCAGAUGUCAAGAUAAAUGAAGGAUUUCUUGAUCAGUUGAUGCUGUAUGAAGCUAUGAAUUGUGAACUGGACACCAGCAGUGUGUUUUACAAGCAGUUCCGAUUAAAGAAAAUUACUGAGAAAUAUCCAGAGCUUAAAAAUGUUCCCCGAGACAUCUUUGCAGCCGACCCUGCACAAAGCCACAGCACUGAGGCCGUCUACAGAUGCAGAAAGUGCAGACGCACACUGUUCCGACACUCCAGCAUCCUUAGUCACUGUGUAGGCAGCGGCCAGACUGCUUUCUCCCAUAAGAGGCAGAGCAGAGGACCACCAGCUGGAGAUCAGAGCCAGUGUACGUCGUAUUUCAUCGAGCCAGUGCAAUGGAUGGAGGAGGCACUGCUCGGGGUCAUGGAUGGACAGCUCUUGUGUCCUAAGUGUAGCUCUAAGCUCGGCUCGUUUAACUGGUACGGAGAGCAGUGUUCGUGCGGCCGCUGGGUGACUCCUGCCUUCCAAAUGCACAAGAACAGAGUGGAUGAAAUCAAACACAUCGACAUCGCAGCACUUAAAUAACACCAGUAAACGCUUUAUUCCCCAAAUAAAGACCUAUAUUGUUUAAUCGUUUUGUAUUGGCUUCAGGCUUUUUACCUAAACCAUGCUAGACAUUUAAACACAGGUUACAGGUUUAUACAGGUCAGUAUUUACUUUCACACUUCAUCCAGUAGAUGGCGCCACAUUUAUAAAGUCUUCGAUAAGUUUCCCCCACGAUAUCAAACCUAAAAUCCAGUGGGAGGAGUCACCUGAUCCAGCUCCUCCCAUAUGGGUGGAGUCAAACCACAACGCUAGUGAGGUUUUGAUAUAAGGUCCAUAAAUUCAUUUGAUUUAAUUCUGAAGUAAUCGUGCAGAUAAUGCUUAUCUCUGUACUGAUGUAAAUUAAAAUGAGGGAAGGAAAGACAUUUAAAUAAAUGGAAAAUACACAGUUUAAUGUUUUUACACAGAUUUAAUGUUUUAAUUACUCAGACAUUGAAGCUAAUACAGCUAACAAGAUAAUACUGCGCUUAUAGCUUCCAGUUUAGUAUUACAUAAAAUAUAGCUGUAAAUCAUGACAAAUUCACCUCAGACUAAGUCUAAGUAUUGUAUAUCAAACAGAAGUGUUUGUGAGUUCUAACACUAAACACGCUGAGUUUGGUUAAAUAAACGGACUAAAUUGAUACAGCAGAGAUAAAAACAGUUGUGGCAGCCAUGUUGACUUCUUUCAGCCCUUUUGUCACUCAGACUUACAAUCAUUUAAGAUAUGAUGUGUUUCAUAUAAUAACAUAAUCACAUAAUUCCAUUUAGUUUUGUAUAUGAAAUGUUAACUGAUCCUGCUGAACUGUACAGUUGUGUAAAUGAUUCCACUGCUCCAAAUGAUUGAUUCACUGAUCCUGUUUAUAUAGGGUUAGGGUUAGAGGGGGGGACUGCAUACAGUUC